AUGGCUUACACUGCAUAUUGUGGUGGCGAUGAUGGUGGUGAUGAUGAUGGUGAUGAUGACGGUGGUGGUGAUGAUGGUGGUGAUGAUGAUGGUGAUGAUGAUAAUGAUGGUGGUGAUGAUGAUGAUGAUGAUGAUGAUUAUGAUGAUGAUGAUUGUGGUGAUGAUGAUGGUGAUGAUGAUAAUGAUGGUGGUGAUGAUGAUGAUGAUGAUGAUGAUUAUGAUGAUGAUGAUUGUGGUGGUGGUGAUGAUUGUGAUGGUGGUGAUGAUUGUGAUGGUGAUGAUUAUGGCGGUGAUGACAUUUGA